AUGCAAACAGAGCGGUCAUCUACGCCGGCUAUAAACCGAUAUAACAAGUUGUUUUCCGGCGGCUUGGGGCGGUUCGCGGGCGGCAAGGCGACGCUGCGAGUCCGGGAAGGGGCGACACCGGUGUUCUGCCGCGCACGACCUUUGCCCUACGCGCUCAAGGACCGCGUGGAUGCUGAGCUGGAUGCGAUGCUUCGGGAGGGGGUUAUUGAACCCGUGGAGAGCUCUGACUGGGCUACACCUCUGGUGCCGCAUGUUUUCACCGCACCGUACCACCCGGCUUCAAACGGUGCCGCGGAAAACGCAGUCCGCACUGUCAAGAAAGUUAUUAAAAAGGCAGUGAGGGAAAAUAAAGAUAUAAAUUUAUUUUUAAACACUUUCCUAUUGCAUUAUCGAAAUACCGAACAUUGUACUACGGGCGAAAGUCCCGCUUCUCUCAUGUUAGGAAGAAGAUUACGUACUAAACUAGACGUACUUAGACCGGAUAUUGAGAAUAAAAUUAUUAAAACUCAAAUAAACCAGAAAGAGAACGCUCCCACUGGUGAACGUGGCCUGCAGCCGGGUGAGGAUGUAUGGCUUCGCCGAUAUCAGGGGAGUGACAAGUGGACAGCCGGACAAGUGACGCAACGUUUGGGCGUAACGGACUACAAAGUUUUAGACACUAUAGGUAAGGAGUCACAUAAGCAUAUAGACCAGCUAAAACGUAGAAUUAGGAGUUCACUGAUUUGUCCCCGUAGUAGUAAUAGUCAGACAAAUUCGAGUUCCGAGUCGUUGUCUUGCACCGGUGCAGAGGAAAUUAAUGCGCCUAGAAUAAACCCUGCCGUAAAAGACACCGGGAGGAAAUCAAAAGCACCGGAGGGAACCGAAAUAAUAGAUAAGAGUGAUUGCUUAGAUACGGCAAGGGAAACGUCAACACUUCGUGCUCCAUCAGCUCAUACGUCGCCUGUGCCGCCCGCAACGCCGCCCCAGGUCUUCCGGCCGGUACGCAAGUGCCGUUUGGAUAACCCCCCAAGCUAUAAAGAGUAG